GCGUAAUCACGGUCAAGGAGAUUUUCACUAUGAUGAUUAUUAAGAGCUUCGUCGCAUCCUGACGCAGAGCUGAUGCACUUUCAAUUGCCUGAAGCUGCGUAUUUCUUCACCUAACUUACUGCCGUCUGUUCAGGAUUUGGGGUUGAAUUUACCAACUGCAGAAGUGUGACGAGGGUCAUCUUUGACUUAUUGCCAACUUCAUGCUUUCUCGAUCGUUUCUCCGGAUGACUACUCCUACUUCUAGCACCUUCAGCAGUGCUGCAUCGUUGAUUUCAACAUCCGAAUAUGGACAAAUGGGGUCGAGAGAAGGACAGUCAACUGACGUAGUGCAACUGAUCCACGUUGAACGAAGAUUCCCUUCCGAAAACAGGGGAAGAGGUGGUAUUAGAAGGUAGAUGGUCGCAGGGCUUCAUGGCUAUGGCAGCUGUUGGCGCAACCAAUGUCGGUUCAAUAGAGUUGAAGUUUGAACCUGAGCUGAAAACAAAUAUUCCAAAAGUAGGAUUAUCUUUGGCCACCAUAAACUCACGCACUUAUGGACAAAAUGGUCUUAAUGUGAAAGCAGGGGAAGAGGUGGCAGUUUUUAACCUUGGAUCCACUGUGGUUCUUGUGUUUGAAGCACCUUCAGAAGAGACAGAAGAGUUAUCAGCUCAUGAAAAAUCCCGGUCUGAGAGUAGAAAUUUUAGAUUCACAGUAGCGAAUGGAGAGAGAAUAAAGAUGGGGCAAGCACUAGGAGACUGGUAGUACUUUUCACCUUGGAAGGUGGUCUGUUUUAUCGUCAAAAUCAUUCAUAUA